UCUCCCUUCACGUGUGAAGGUGGGAUAUGUUAGAUAUGCGGUGAGAGCUUUUGUGUCCAAGCUGUUGUUUUGCCGGAAUUGUAAAAGGUAUGGACAUGUAUCAAGUGUGUGCCGAAGGAAUGUUGUUGAAGAAUCUGAGGUUGUACGAUGAUGUAAUUGUGAUGGCAACCGCAUUCCCAAUUCACCAGAAUGCCCGGUUGGGGUAAAGGAGUAUGUGGCAAGAGUCAGGGCUAUACAGCAGGUCUCCUACACGGAGGCACGUGAAAUAGUUGAAGGAGCGAAGGGAGUUGAAAAUAUGGCGGCGGAUGCUCCGCAGACUGUGGAGAUUGUGUUGUUCAAGUGUUACCGUAUACGCACUCCAUUAGGUGGCGACAAAGACCUUCAGCUAGAAUUAAUAUUCGUCUUGUGAAGACGAAGCCUUCCUCAAUACCGAGUUCUGAUUGGUUGUUAACACUAGCGGUCAGCGUCUCGUUGGAUGUGGAGGCCUCAUGGUUUACGAGGAGCAUACCAGGAGUAGUUGGAACACGCUGGCUGAACUGUGUGGGGAGGUGGGGGUAAAAAAUUAAUAAAAGCCUGUUGUAUUAUUGAUGUUUGACGAAGAAUAUCUCCCUUCACAUGUGAAGGUGGGGUAUGUUAGAUAUGCGGUGAGAGCUUUGUGUCGAAGCUGUUUUGCCGGAAUUGUAAAAUGUAUGGACAUGUAUUUAGUGUGUGCCGAAGGAGUGUUGUUGAAAAAUCUGAGGAGGUUCGUUAUUGUAAUUGUGAUGGCAACCACAUUCCCAAUUCCCCGGAGUGCGGGGUUAGGGUAAAGGAAUAUGAAGUUGCAAGGGUCAGGGCUAUACAGCAGGUCUCCUACACAGAGGCACGUGAAAUAGUUGAAGGAGCGAAGGGAGCUGAAUAUAUGUUGGCGGAUGCUCCGCAGACCUGGAGAUUCAGUGUUCAACAGUUGAGGGAAACUGAUAUGCUGAUCGUGAAGGUGGAUUUUAUGGUGUUUAUUGCACGUGAUUAAUUGUACUGCACAAACGAACAAAAAGUAAAAGAAACUGGACGUAGUAGUAUCUGCGGCUGAAAGGUUUUUGGGUUUCCAGGACUUCACUGGCGAAACAUUGCAAAGCUUGUCCGAAGAUUCUCUUCCUGUAGGGAUGGGCGUUGACAGUUGAACACAUUGAGUAGUUUUAUUUUAAUUAUUUGGGCUGAUAUACAGCCAAAACAGUAGGUGGCGGCAUGCACCUAUAGCAUUUGUUUGAAGACCGCAGUAAUAUUUAAAAAGAAGACCCCGUACAGUAGAUGGCGGCAAUACACCAGUAGGUGUAGUCUGCCAUAACUUUGAAGAAGAAGAACACUAGCGUUCUACACACUCACGAUGGCAGCGUCCUUAGGAAAGGUGUGCUCUUAUCAGCUGCAUCUGACUGCAGGGAGAUCUGGCAGUGACACGCUCCUCCUCAGAGCACAAGGAGCCCGACAGUUUCAGCAGGGGCCAUGGCAUUCAUUAUCCGGUGGGCGAGGGUGGUUCAGUGCAGCCUCUCUAGGCCUUCAGGCUCGCGUCAGGCCCUUUCCCCUCCUCAUCGCCACCGGCGGAGGCUACAUGGGAUACGACCAGUACGGCCGCUACAAGGACCGCGAGCUAACAAAGAUUGGCAUCGAGGUGCCUCCACGCAUCGCCAAUGACACCCAGGUUGCUCUGUACAAGACCAUCCCAACACGGCUGCUGUCUCGGGCCUGGGGUCGCCUGAACCAGGUGGAGCUACCGACCUGGCUGAGGAAGCCAGUUUACAGUCUGUAUAUCUGGACGUUUGGCGUCAACAUGCAGGAGGCAGCUGUGGAAGACCUAAUUCAAUACAGGAACCUGGGAGAGUUCUUUAGACGGAAACUCAAACCGGCUGUCCGGCCCGUGUGCGACUCGCACUGCGUGAUCAGCCCAGCAGAUGGGAAGAUCCUGCACUUUGGGCGGGUGCGGAACUGUGAGGUGGAGCAAGUCAAAGGAGUCACCUACUCUUUGGAGACCUUCCUGGGACCCCACACCUGGGCUGAGGCCAUCAACAGUACCAUCAAGCCAUCAAAUGAAGAGGACCCCAGCUCAUUCCAGGAUCUGCUGGUGACUAAGGAGGGGAAUGAGCUGUUCCACUGUGUGGUGUACCUGGCUCCAGGAGACUACCACUGCUUCCACUCCCCCACAGACUGGAGGGUGGCCCACAGAAGACACUUCCCUGGCUCUCUGAUGUCAGUGAACCCUGGCGUGGCUCGCUGGAUCAAAGAACUGUUCUGCCAUAACGAGAGGGUGGUGCUGAGCGGAGAGUGGACGCAUGGCUUCUUCUCCCUCACCGCCGUAGGAGCCACCAACGUGGGCUCCAUACGCAUCUACUUUGACAAGGAGCUGCGGACCAACAGCCCGCGCUACAGCAAAGGCUCGUACAACGACUUCAGCUACUUGUCCAACAACAACCAGGAGGGCGUGAGCAUGAGGAAAGGGGAGCACCUGGGAGAGUUCAACCUGGGCUCCACCAUCGUCUUGCUCUUCGAGGCUCCGCACGACUUCACCUUCAACCUGAAGGCUGGCCAGAAGAUCCGCUACGGAGAACCCCUGGGGACUAUGUGAGCCAAGAUGGCUAACCAGAGACACUUUCUGGGGGAAACGGCUAAACUAAAAGAAACUGAUGGACACGCUAACGUGUGUGUACAGAUCUGAGGGGAGGCAUACAGGCUAACUUGCAAACUGACUGACACACACGUACUCAUUCAUACACUGACAUUCAGUACAUGCACUGUACUGUACAUUGAAAUUGAAAGACGUACGGCUAUCCAUACGAUGCACUGACUGACUCACAGCGAAAACUCACAAGCCACCACUGUUGCUUUACCAACAAGGGGGUCUCCCCAUUCCAUCGACUAAUUUCAAUUAACUAUUUACUUAUUUUGACAAUUGAUUAGAACCAGUACCUAGACCAACAACAGUAAGAUAGACCAGCAAAAGCAAGAUAGUUUACAGCAAUUAGUUACAUUUUAUUAACCUAUUUUUUAAAAUUAUUUUUUAGAUACAUUUGACCCAUAUUGCCUUUUGUCAGGGGUCUCCUCAUCAAUGGGGAGUUCCUCUGAGGUUUCAGACACGAGCAGCACUAGCCUGGUCCCAGAUCUGCUUAGUGCCGUGUAGCCCAACUCCUAUAACCGUUGGCCAUACAUCCCAAACAGAUCUGGGACCAGGCUAGAGAGCCGCGAGACACAGCCACACACAGGGUAACCCCUGUCACACACAGCCACUAUCAUGUGGACAGGCUUCCCUAUACAAUAUACACACCUACAGUAAACACACCACGAAGGAAUGUACCAGAGACGAUAUACACAGCUACCCCCUUCCUUCUCCUCCUCUUUCCCUCCCUCCUUCACUCUGAUACUGAAUGCCUUCUGUCUCUCACACACACUCUCCGUCCGCACUGCUGGCUCUCCCUCUUCUGCCAUCCCCAGAGAAGGUGCUUGUGUUGGGAUGAUUAUGUGGACCUCCCCUCCCCCCUCCCUGUCAUGGAGGUAAAUACUGUUACGAUUCCUCCCAGUCAAAUGUGUCUGGGUCGUAUUCAUUAGGCACCCGCCACAAGAAAACUGUCUGAAACCAGGCAGGAGUACCUGGACUUGGGCCAAUAGGAACUGCUUAUUUUUGGUAUCUGGUAAAAAAAACACGUUUUGCUACGGUGUGCCCUAAUGAAUACAACCCUGUUGUAUUAAGCUCAUGGUGUACGAUCUCUGCCAUCCCAGCCAUGCAUUAUUAAUCAUCAUUAGUGGUAGCUAGUAGUGCUGCCUGCUGCCAAUUUACUGCUCCUGUAACCCUAAAUGACUGCUAAAAGGGGUAUGUCACAUUUAGAUUAGACAUUGUUUAACAUAUGAUAAUGAAGUGAUGACUACAGUGAUUUCUAUGAAGAUGAUGAUGAUUUAUAACGUGUGUUAAUCUAACCCAAUUCAUGAAUGGACUAAAUCCUGAUGUAUUCCUCUGAAUGGAGCCAUACCUUUUAUCUGACCAUCGUUACAAAAACAAACCCAUGCCUACGUGCAGCACGGGUGGUAGGAUCAUGGGAGAGAAUGUGCAAACUGGUACUUUUUGUCUUCUGCUGUUCGGUUGAAUUGGAAUAAGUUGUUAAACUAGAAGGUAUCUGCCAGUGAUAAUAUUAAAAUAAGUUGGGCUAAAAUAUUUUGUUAAGACUGUAAAACGUAUGCUGAUAUCAAUACUAACGACUGUGACACCCUUGGCGGAACAUUCAGAUGCCCAGGGCUGAGCUAUUUAAAGCUAUAUUUUUUUCUGUAUUUCUGUUUAGAUUUUCUAGUAGUGCCAAAAAUGCAGUGUUUUUUGGUUAUUGUUUUUCGAUGUAUUCAACAAAAAAAAUGCUUUGAACAAAUGUGGACUUUCUGGCGCUUUGUGUUUCUGCUGCUGGACUAUUUAUUGCUCUGUUUGAGGGGGUAGAGACCUCCUCUGACUCUGACCCCUCGGUAAAGGAACUUUGACCUCUAGCGUAUGGCGAGCGGGGGUCACAGACAUGAUGGACCGGGGAGAUGCCUGUGACACCAAACCCCUUGGCUACGUCAUCGUUCCACAAAUAGUGUCGCAUACAGAAACCAAAAUGCCAGGGUCUGGCCUGGCCACUGCCUGUUGCAUACUUGUUUUUAUAUGUACAUUGUAAUAUACUUGAAUCAUGUGACUCAUUCAACACUACAUAGAUUUUAAUCUCACAUUUUUUUUAGAAGCAAGAAAACAUGUCUAAUAAAUUUUUGCGUAUUCUUAAAAAAA